UGUUGACAGAGAGGGAUGGCUGUUUAGACUCUUCAGAUACUACUGUUGGUGUUUCCCUUGAACGGGGAGCGCCUGUACUGCUCCUCUUCUCUCUGAGAGGAGACAACAGCAAUUUAUUCUAUGAAACCAGAGAAAUGAAUGCGGGGAAAGGAAUUUUUCAUAUCAGACACACAGUUCAAGGAAGUGUGCAAGUGAAACUCAGAGCAAGAAAUGUCUUCUCGUCUAUGGACGUGGAUGUGAAUAAGUUUGCUUCCUGUGGCAAGGAUUCAGUAGUUAAACUAAAUGGUCAUAAUGACAAUUGGCUGAACUUUAACAAGAGACAGAGAAAGAAUCACAUUAGAGUUGUCAGAUCUUCACUGAAAAUAAUUGCAAAACCUUCACCUUCAGUAUCUACCAAACUGAAAAAUAUCACACUUUCCAUAAGAGACGCACCCGACCUAACAGACCCAGAGAAACGAUACCAGUGGGUGUGCAGACAUCCCUGUAAAUGCAAAGGAGAAUUUGAGAAUUUGAUUCACACCAUCAAAGAAAGCUGCAUACCAAAUCCAUUUCAAUUUAACAAGUAUCGUUUUAUUGUGAAAGAGCGAGAUGAUAAAGAAGUGGAAGAAACUCAAUCCAUAUGCAUCACCCUUACUCCUGAGCCUGACAAAGAAGCUUGGCUAAGUCUCACUUGUACCCAAAGCUGUGGCCCAGUAAGGAGCGGCAGAGAUGCAAAAAUUAAAAUGGAAUGUAGGAAAAACGACGUGUGUUCACAAGUCGUGUGGUACAUUGAAGACCAACGUGAUGACAGAUUUUGGCUAGAUGAGACAAAGAGCUGCUACAAAAACGCAGGGAAAAGGCCACUUGUACAGAGACAGAGUGGCGGGACUGAAUACACUGUGAAAUAUAAGCAUCUUCUGCUGGCCAAGUUAAAGGGUCAGAGUGUCACUGUGGUGGUAACUUAUGGGGGUUCUGAACCUCUUUUCACAAAAUACAAGAUAAAGACAUCAUCAUCUACACAGAACCCGUCAUCUACCACCAAACUACCAGCUGCCGAUGUUACGACAGCCAAACCUGGAGAGAAAACAUCAGCCGCUGCUGGCCCUGUUACUACAGCACCGGGCACGAUCAGCAGCAGCACUAUCACUACUACCAAUGCUACAACCAGGGAUACAACUUUACCAUCAACCACCAACAAUGCUGAUAGCCUGUCAUGUAGCAUAUCCCCAACAAAUGGAACAAUCUUUACAGCUUUCAGUAUAACUUGCAGGACUGAAAUUCCCUGUUCCAAAUGUCGCUAUUGUUUUAAGACUGAGGGUAAGUACUCAAGGUUGGCUAAAUCUCUUAGUAAGAGACUGAUGCAUCUCCAACAAUCUAAAUUACAGUGUUACUGUUUUUACAAGAACAGGAAAGUGAAAUCUGUGUUCCUUCCCCAUGGCGACAGCCGUUCUGACUACAAGCUGAUAAUCACAGCGGCUGCAAAACAUAAGAGCUUUGUAGUUCGCACCACCAUAACUACACAGGUGAAGGACUCCAUAGAAGACUCUGGCUCUUCAGUAGAUGCUCUUAAGGCAUCAGUGGAGGAUGCUGUGGCUCAGCUGAAGAAACAAGGCAUACUGUCAGGAGAAACCAUAGGACAAAUCUUCAGUUCUGUGUCCGACAAACUGAACAGUCAAUCUGAUGAAUCAAAAAAAGCUGAUAGACAAAAGCUUCGUGAACAGAUGCUGGACAUAAUGAUUGACACAGUGACAGAGGUUCCCACCAACUCUCCAGAAGAAGUUCAGGCGAUAGCUAGAGGUCUUACUGCUGUCGUCCAGAGAGGCACUGAACUCAGCUCCUCUGCUCAGGCAGAGGCUUCAUUAUUAUUUGCCAAACUCAGCUCAUCUCUUCUUCACAUGGACACGUACAAAAGUGAAGAAAACAUGGAAGAAAUAUACACUGCAGCCAGCACCAUUGUGGAAGGAACAAGCAGUAUCCUGAGCUAUUCUUCCAAUAAAAACAUCUCUGAUGCUAUCCUUGUUGCCCUGGAAAAUACACAGAGUGCACUACUGAUAUUUAAAGAUGUUAACAAGGAGCCAACUAUUAUCCAACAAGCUAAUAUUAGCCUUUUUGUUAACAGAGUGAAUCCAGGAAGUUUGCACACGGAUUCUUUAAAUAUUCCCAAUUGUUCCUGCCCCUCAUUUUCUCUCCCAGAACUACCCUCCAACAUAUUUCCUUCAGAAGAACCAGUGGAUAUACGAAUGCUGAGUUUAGAUAAAAAUCCAUUUUCCUGGAAUGUGAGAGGAAACAUCAGUGGGUUAAUUGGUGCUUUAUCCCUUACAACAAAAGAUGGCUCCAGAAUCAAUGUGGAGAAUUUGAGUGAGAAAAUUGAGAUCCUGUUGCCAAGGCCUGUUGGAGAGCAGGUGAAAACCUCAGUUUUGGACCUGGGCAACUUCAGCACAACGGUCAUAGAUAUUCCUUCAGCUGACUCUACACUGGUGUUAAAGAUGGUGCCUUCAAAGGAUCCAUUACCCCUCAAACUGUUCCUUGGCUAUAUGGGCUACCCCACUGAAACAAAUUAUGUAGCAAUGACAGAGAUGCCUCACCAGGGGACUACCCAAGAGGAGAGAUACACUUGGCUACUAGACCGUAAGAGUUUGAAAGGAAACACAGGAGCGCACUAUCUUGUAGUGAAGCCCAUAGUAGGCCCGGGUAUAAAAUCCAUCAAUGCCAGUUUAUCAGUCACCUCCAUCACUGCCGCAUGUAAAUUUUGGAAUGAAUCAUUACUGGAUUGGAGCGAUGCAGGAUGCAGGGUUGGUGUUCAGACCACACAUUUAGUCACCCAGUGCCUCUGCAACCACCUCACCUUCUUUGGGAGCUCUUUCUUUGUCACUCCCAACCUUGUUGACCCAUCACGCUCAGCUGAGCUCUUUGGGACCUUUGCUGAGAAUCCUGUGGUUGUCUGCUUCGUGGGUGCGCUUUUUGUGGCUUAUCUCUUGAUGCUUGUGUGGGCACGACGAAAAGACAUCCAAGAUAUUGCCAAGGUGAAGGUGACGGUGCUGGAUGACAAUGACCUCAUUGACGAGUACCGCUACUUGUUAAGUGUUAGCACUGGGCAUCGGAGAGGAGCCUCCACUUCCUCUCAGGUGACAAUUACUCUGUUGGGUCCAGAUGGAAACAGUGAGCCGCAUCACCUGACAGAUCCAAAGAAAUGUGUGUUUGAGAGAGGUGAGGUGGACAUGUUCCUGCUAACGACACCCUACUGUCUGGGAGACCUGCAGGGCAUCAGGCUGUGGCACAACAACUCAGGGAGCCAUCCUGCCUGGUAUGUAGGUAACAUCAUGGUGCAGGAUUUACAGACAAACCAGAAAUGGCAUUUUCUAUGCAACUCCUGGCUGGCCAUAGACAUCGGUGAUUGUUCCCUUGAUAAAGUUUUUCCUGUCUCUACAGAGAUGGAUUUGAAGAGGUUCAGUAAUUUGUUCUUCAUGAAGACAACAAAGGAUUUCAGUGAUGGACACCUCUGGUACUCUGUGGUCAGCCGACCACCGAGUAGCACCUUCACUUGUGUGCAGAGAGUGUCCUGCUGUUUCUCCCUGCUGCUCUGCACCAUGCUGACCAGCAUCAUGUUUUAUGGUAUCCCAACAGACCCAUCUGAGCAGACCAUGGAUCUGGGUCACUUUGAGUUUACCUGGCAACAGUUCAUGAUUGGAGUUCAGAGUUCGCUCAUCAUGUUUCCAGUGAACGUCCUCAUUGUUAGUAUCUUCAGAAACACCCGUCCUUGGGAGACAUCUUGUUGCAAACGCAAAACAGAAAAAACAGAUGUCCUUCAGCAGGAGAGAACUUCGCAGACUCCUUCCUCACAGACUGACACCACCAACACAAAUGUUAAUGUCACUUUAGAUGUUAUCAUCAAGGAUAUCACAAGAAUUGCCCAUUCAUUAUCUAGGACCGUAAAAAGCAACAUCCCAUGCACAGCGUCCGAGUUUGGGCCAGGACAACAAGUUGAUAUCAAUGCUGUUCUUUCUGUGGUGGAGGAUUUCAUCAGACAGAGUAACAAAAGCAGUGACAGUGCCCAGUCAAAAACACAGAGGUUUUCUAACCUCGUUCAGGCCCAGCUACCAGCUCCAGAGGGCAGUGCUGGUGUGCAUUCUGGGACAAACGUGGAGGGCAUUCACAGGAAGAGCAACAAAACCCAGUAUCUGUACAUGCAACUGUGUCACAUCGACAAAGAGCUGAGCCUGCUGGGACCCUCCGGCUGCCCCUCCCCACACAGCUACAGCCAGGCUCUGCAGCAGGUCCGGGGCAUGAAGAGCGUCCUCGAAGAUCAGCUCUUCACAUCCAGCUGCAUCAACCUCGAUGAACACACCCAGAAGAAAUUGAGUCCUGCAGACAGCGCUGAUGGUGACGGUGAUCAGAAGAAAAGGAUGUGCUGUCAUGGAGGGCUCCCCUGGUGGUUUAUUUUUGUCGGCUGGCUGCUAGUGAUCGCUACCAGUGUUGUUUCGGGAUAUUUCACAAUGCUUUACGGUUUAAAAUUUGGGAAGGAACGUUCCAUAAACUGGUUGGUAUCCAUGAUUGUCUCCUUUUUUCAGAGUACCCUCGUCAUUCAACCAUUGAAGGUGCUAUGCCUUGCAGCCUUCUUUGCACUUGUAAUAAAGAAAGUUGAUGAGGAAGAUUUUCAAAAUGUGGCAUUAGCAAGAAAUGACUCAAAUCAAGGUGAUUUUAAAGACCAGCAAACACUCAGACAGGAUAGGAAUCUCUAUGAGCCGCCUCCUCCUGCAGACAUUGAGAGGAUGAAGAGGAACAAGAUUAUGGAGCAGAAAGCCUUUGCCCUCCUCAAAGAGAUUUUGACCUACUUGGGGUUUAUGUGGAUGUUGCUGCUGGUGGCGUACAGCCAGAGAGAUCCCAAUGCUUUCUUCCUAAACCAGCACAUCCGGGACAGCUUCAGUGGAGCGAUCACAGACAGCAUGAGUCUUGGGGACGUGUUCAAUUGGACCAACACAUCUCUACUCAGUAACCUGUUUGGAGUUUAUCCAGGAUUUAUCACAGAUGGAAACUCCAAGCUGGUGGGUUAUGCCCGUCUUCGUCAGCUGAGAGUUCGGAAGAACUCUUGUCAGACUGCAGGCUCCAUGCUGCGGUUUGUGCCAGACUGUCAGGUGCCAUACUCAUGGGAGGGGGAGGACAUGGGCUCCUAUUACGCCGGCUGGAACCACUCUCUGGGGGGUAAUAUCUCUACGAGCACCUCCAGCCCCUGGAUGUACCAGACACAGGCUCAGCUCAGGGCUCACCCUGUCUGGGGAAAACUGGUGCUCUACAGGGGAGGUGGCUUUGUAGCAGAGCUUGGCCCAGAUUUACAAAAUGCAAGCAGCACCAUUGAGUAUCUGUUCAGGAACACAUGGCUGGAUAUAUACACACGGGCAUUCAUUGUAGAAUUCACAGUUUAUAAUGCAAAUGUGAACCUCUUCUGCAUCGUCACACUCUUGUUUGAGACCACAGCUGUUGGAGCAUUUCAGUUCCACAGUGAGGUGCAGAGUGUUCGCCUGUACCAAUCAACUGGUGGUUUUCACAUCUUCGUUAUGGCUGCUGAGAUCAUAUACUUGCUUUUCAUCCUCUAUUAUAUGUUCCUGCAGGGAAGAUUAAUGAAGCAACAGCGUUGGGCUUACUUCAGGAGUAAGUGGAACCUCCUGGAGUUGACUAUCAUCUUAUUGAGCUGGAGCGCUGUGGCCGUCUUCAUCAAGAGGACCCUGCUUGGAAACCGUGAUAUGAUGUACUACCAUAACCACAAAGACCAAUUUGCUAGUUUUUACGAGACAGCCGCAGCAGACUGGAUGCUUCAGUGUCUGAUCGCUUUCCUGGUCCUGCUCGCCACCGUCAAACUGUGGCACCUGCUCAGACUGAACCCCAAGAUGAACAUGAUCACAGCCACAUUGCAGCGAGCCUGGAGUGACAUAUCUGGCUUUCUUUUGAUCAUUGUGAUCUUGUUCAUAGCAUAUUCCAUUGUGUGCAAUGUGAUUUAUGGCUGGAAGCUGUCCUCAUACAGAACUUUAUCAGAUGCCCUCCUCACCAUCAUCGGCUUGCAGAUAGGCAUCUUCAACUAUGACGAGCCAUCGGAGGAGGAGGAGAUUGUCGCCCUGAUGCUGAAGAAACUUUGCAGUCUUUUUGGGAUCAGAUAUAAAGAUAUUAAAGACUCCCAGGGGGCUGACAUGAAUGGCAGCAGUGGUUUGACCCUUAAUAACAGCAGAAUCAUCCCCAGGAAUUCAAUUGAUGUCAGUAUUUUUCACACAUCUGACAACUCACCAAACCCUUAAUGACAUAACUUGCACUAUAUAUCCACAUGCUAAUUUGUUCAUUAUUUUUGGCUUGUUCCUCACUGGGAGGCCAGAGCCUUGGUGUGAUGCUUUGCGAGCAUGGUGUGGUAGUUAAUUAUCACAUACACAAUUAAACUGCUGUUUGUUGGUGUGAAUAAGAUAUUGAUUUAGAGAGCAUGAAGAUAAAGUUAACACACUUUGCUUUGCAUACAUCGAGUUUCUUGACACAAACACAAUGCAUAUAAAUGAAUAAGAACUCUAAGAGUAGAAAAAUUAAGAAACUGUAUGGACAGAAAUUGUUUGAAUACUCAAAACUUUGAAUAAUCACUAUGAACAAUAAAUCUUACAAAUUAAUAUGAAUUUGAAGCAUCUUUCACCUUGUAAAAUAAAAACAUGACAUCAGUAAAUAUACACACCUAUAAGCUUGUUUUAAUGCAUGUUGUUCAUUGCGUUAUGUAUUAGUUUGUUUUAUUAUAUUUGCGUUUGUGAGCAUUGUUUAAAUUAAUGUUUUUGGUCCAUUAAAGCCCACUAUGGCAAAAUAGCUUCAUUUCUAUUCUUUUUAGUUACCAGUACUAUGAUGAUGGUAAAAAAAGUUUAAAAACAGCUACUAGAAAAUGGUGCAUCCAUGUUACAGUGCAGCCAAACAAAUGUUUUAAUUUAUCUUUGCUCAUCAUGUCACUAAUAAUCACACCCAUGAUCUGAUUUCAUGCUGCAUAGAGCAUGAGUAGUUUUCCACACGACAGCAGGGCACAGUAAAAUUGGUUACCUUGGUCAGAAGUUUGAAGUGUGCAACUCUUCGUCCAACAGCUGAUAAAUAAUAAAUAGCUGCAUCUUGUACUUUUUCUGCCUUGCAAAACAACAAAUGAUCCACGGACAAAAAAAAAGCCAAAAUGUAUUCCUGUCAUGUUAUGCCUUUUCAUUUUUGAUGAUCAACUGUGAUGUGGCUGCUUCACAAUAAAAGCCACCCCCCCACCCCACCCAUGUUUUGCCAGUUGAACACUUUUAAUUUGAAGCAGUGGCAAAACAAUGUACCGUGUCCACAAAGUGUAAAGAGAGUGAACAGUAAGCUGUGAGGCUGAGAUCGAUAAAAUUGCACUGGAUUAUGUGAAGGCAUUGUUUUUCUGUGACUCCACU